AUGGGAUUCCCUACGAACCUGCUUCUGGCCAAUCUGGUCAUGUUGGCCGGCUUCGCUCAUUCCUUUAAUUUCUGGCGUCUGCCGUGCAGAAACCGCAUUGCUGCAGCUCGUAUAGAUCCUAUUAUGGCGCCUGGCGAGACCUGUGACCAUAUGCAUACGAUAUUUGGCUCCGGAGGCUUCUCUGACAACGUCACCCAAGAUGACCUCUUAGAUGCCAAUUGCACUUCGUGUGCUGUGACGCAAGAUAAGUCUGCGUACUGGACUCCGCCAUUGAUGUUUGUAUAUUCCAACGGAUCUACGACCAUGGUCAACCAGGACGGAGGGAUGUUAGCAUAUUACUUUGUAUACGGAGAAGACCCGCAGCCUUUCCCUGAAAGCUUUCGCAUGAUGGCCGGUGACCAGUUUUUGCGAAACUUUACAGGCCCCGUUCCAGAUCCGCCCACUUCUGAAUGGACUGAUGCAGACAAGACUCAAUUUUCCCUGUCUCAGAAGGCUAUUGGGUUUAAUUGUCUGCACUAUAAUACUACCAACGAGGACUCCCUCUACCGCCACACAAUGCCUGAAAAGGAUUUUCUUGACGAAAAUUGCUGGGACGGUCUGCGUAUUGAGCUCAUGUUUCCAUCUUGCUGGAAUGGAGUGGACGUUGAUAGCCCAGAUCACAAAUCUCACAUGGCGUAUCCGGACCUAGUCAAGGAUGGAAAGUGCCCUGAAGGAUUCAACACUCGGCUUGUGAGCCUUUUCUACGAAACUAAGUACGACACCCAGGAUUUCAGAGGCGUAGAAGGCCAAUUCGUUCUUUCCACUGGCGACCCUACGGGUUGCGGAUACCACGGCGACUUUAUCCAAGGAUGGGAACCGGAUUUUCUCCAAGAAGCAAUGAACGGAUGUACAAAUCCCUCAGGGGAGGUGUCGGAUUGCCCUCUAUUUACUGACAAUGCUGAUGCAUCCACGUGCCAGAUUGCCCUCCCAGAGGCUUUGGUGGACGAAAACCCUUUCUUCAACCUGCAUGGCUUACUAGGCGAUGUGCCCAUCCAAAGUGGUCCCGAGCAAGCGACACCGUACGGUUUCUUAUUGCCAGCUCCCACGAGCCCAGGUCUACCUGUACCCGCAGGAGGCAUCAUUGGUUCACUUGGCGAUGUAGUGUCUGGAGUCGUUACUGGGCUAGCGGCUCCGGUACCAUCAGAGGCCCCAUCUGACGGUCGUAUUCAGGCCGCCCAGGUACCGUCGACGACGUGCGCUUCCAAACAAGCACUGCCAACUGGUGUUUCGAGAGAUGCUGACGAUUGUGAGGUUGUCAUAGUGCGCGAGACGGCCGUUGUUGAAGUUGGCAACGACGGUGUUCCUAUAACAACUCUUGCGCCGGUUGGCAGCACUACCACAAGCACCAAGAUCGUCGCCAUGCCAAUGAACAACCUGAAGCGUGAGCAGUUUUCGACACCUGGUGAGAUGUCGUCUCUUCGCCGCAUGCAUAAUCGGCACCUGCAUAACCGUCAUUGA